AUGGUGAGAUGGAAUGUAUGCUGGCUGGGAUUUUGGUUGGGGUUGAUUUGGUGGGUUAGUUUGGUGCUUGGUGAUAACUUUCAUUCACUUAGUAAUGGACGGGUGGUUUGUAAUGGAGAAAUAAUAGCUGAUAAGUGUGCUGAUGAGAGAUGGAAGAUUUCAUACUUGGGUACUGAUGAGAACAUUCAGAUUUAUGAGUAUAGGGAUGUGAUUUAUAUUGAAGGUGCUAUCAAAACUGAUCGGGAUGAAGUUCAUGAACAGGGAUCUAUUUACUUUCCGAAAGGAUACAGAUUAGUGCUGCAUAGUGAUCGGGUUUUUCCUUUUUUGGGCGGAACACCAGAUAAAGUUGUUAAAGUAGGAAUUACCAUAUUAGGAAUGUUGGUUUUUUCUUUGGCAAGCUAUAAAGUGUGGGGUUCUAAUUUUCAAAAUGGAUUUAUCAAACUUGCCUAG